AUGGUUCGGCCCUCUGCCUCCCCCGCCUCCAAGGCCGUCGCCCUCGCCUUCGCCCAAGCGGUCUCCCGAGCCGUCCCUGCCUCCCUCAGCCACCUCUUCAUCCCCCGCAAGGGUCGCCUCUCCAUGUACGACGCCCUCCGCGACUGCAUCCCGGCCGCCGCCCGUAGCGCGGAGCAGACGUUCGGGGGGUACGGGGUGAGGGAGGUGGAGUUCAACAAGGUCCUCGAGCACAACGGCUUCACCAAGAUCCGCGACCGCUGCAUCCUCCCCGACGAGGUGGAGGCGACGGACUUCUCGAGGAGCAGCAGCGCGCGCUACUUCUUCUCCAACCGCCGCUGGAGGAACCCCGACGACCCCCACGAGCUCCAGGAGCUCCGGCAGGCCUGGCUCAAGCUCCGCCAGCUCGCGUGCAGGCUCGGGGCGGACGUGAGCCUGGAGGCGCUGGAGCAGUGCUGCCGGGAGAGGUACGGGGCGUGGGCGGAGAUGACGGUGAACUGGAGCAAGGCGCCGCGUCGGGUGUACCGGAAGGCGAGGACGGGGAGGAAGGGAGGGAGAGGCGAUGGGGAGGAGUGUAGGCAGGGGAAGGCUGGAGUUGCUAGCUUAUCUCAGCAGGGUUCGUCACAUGUCCACAGUUUAUCAUCUUCAGCUGGGAAAGAGGUCGAGGAGAUAGAGGAGGCAGGACCGUCAGCAGCGGGUGAGAGCAUGGUUGGAUCAUCUACUGGCUUCGCUGGCGAUGAGCAGCUUGAUGAAACAUCCGAUAAGGAGGAAUUGCUUGAUGAAUCUUGGGAGCAGAGCUUCGAUGAUGAAAAUGAGGAGGAGGAUAUCAGUCUCGAGGGAGGAGCGCUUCAGCGGGUGGGAAGAGAAACACCUCAGGGCCUGAACGACUUGGAAAGAGACUGGGGGAGCAGGAGCUGGACCUGA